CUUGUUUACAUUUUCUAUGCAAUAAUUGAGAUACCUCAAUCUCAAGUCUACCAUUCUCUCUUCAUUAAAGUCGUCAUUUUAAGCUUUGGCUGACCAUUCAUAUUUCGGAAAGAAAAUUUCAGACAAUCAGUUGUCUCUCCUUUUUGUGAUGGCCCUUCAAUUUUCGUUGGCUUUCACCACAUUUCUUCUUUUACUCUCUUUGUUUUGGCUAUUAAAGGUAUGGAGAAGAAUUAAACCUCAGAACAAAGUGCAGAAGUUGCCGCCAGGGCCAAGAAAGUUACCACUAAUAGGAAACUUGCAAAACUUAGUAGGCUCACUACCACACCAUGCUCUCCAGCAACUAGCAGGGGAUCAUGGACCCCUUAUGCACCUACAACUAGGUGAAAUCUCUGCAAUUGUGGUAUCAUCCCCCAGGCUGGCCAAAGAGUUCAUGAAGACGCAUGAUCUUGCCUUUGCAGAGAGGCCAGAACUACUUGCCCCUAAAAUUUUAAGCUACGGUGGCUCAGACAUUGCUUUUUCUCCAUAUGGUGAUUACUGGAGGCAAAUGAGAAAGGUUUGCAUGUUGGAACUACUAAGUGCCAAGAAGGUCCAAUCCUUCUCUUCUAUUAGAGAAGAAGAAAUUAGUAGUCUCAUUGAGUCCAUCCACUCAUCUGAAGGAUCACCAAUCAAUUUUACUGAAAAUAUUUGCUCUUUGACAAGUACCAUUGUAUGUAGAGCAGCAUUUGGUACCAAAUGCAAAGAUCAAGAUGAAUUUACAUUGCUGGUCAGGGAAUCUUCAGCCUUGGCAGGGGGUUUUGACAUAGCUGAUUUGUUCCCCUCAAAAAAGUUUCUUCAUAUGGUUAGUGGGUUGAAAUUUAAACUAGAGAAGAUUCAUGGGAAGAUUGACAAGAUCCUAGACAAAAUCAUCCAUGACCACAGGGAGAACCCAAUGAGUGCAGAGACUGGCAAUGGUGAACUUUGGAAGGAGGAUCUUGUUGAUGUUCUUUUACGCCUUCAGCAAAGUGGUAGCCUCGAGUUCCCCAUCACAACCAACAACAUCAAGGCAGUCAUAUUGGACAUGUUUGGUGCUGGAACUGAUACUUCAUCAACCGUAAUAGAUUGGGCUAUGUCAGAAAUGAUGAGACAACCAAGAGUGCUGGAGAAGGCUCAAGCUGAGAUAAGACAAGCCUUUGAUGGAAAGAAACGAAUCUAUGAGAAAGAUAUUCAGAACCUAAAUUUCUUAAAGUUAGUUAUAAAAGAAACUCUAAGGUUACACCCUCCUGUUGCAAUGCUACUCCCAAGAGAAUGCAGAGAGCCAUGCGAGAUUGAUGGAUAUGAGAUACCCCUCAAAACUAAAGUCAUUGUUAAUGCAUGGGCAAUUGGAAGAGAUCCUGCACUUUGGCACGAUGCUGAGAGUUUUAUACCAGAGAGGUUUGCCAAUAGUUCAAUUGAUUUCAAUGGGACUCACCUUGAAUAUAUCCCUUUUGGUGCAGGAAGAAGGAUGUGCCCUGGAAUAACAUUUGGUAUGGCCAAUAUUGAACUUCCCCUUGCUCAAUUACUCUAUCAUUUUGAUUGGGAGCUUCCAGGAAGUAUGAGGCCAGAGGAUCUGGAUAUGACUGAAUUCUUUGGUAUAGUUGUUCGAAGGAAAAACAACUUGCAUUUGGUUGCUGCGCCUUAUUCUCCUUCAGAAUAAUGGAGAUUCAACAUCAGAAAAUUCAUUCAGAUACCUCUGGAAUUCCCACUUCACUAUUUUAAUCAAUGUACUAAUAUAGUAAGUCGACACCAGCAAAUAUUUUCUUGAAUUUAAGUGUAUUCUGAUUGCUGGACAAUCCAAAAGCUGAGGUCCUUUCAUAUUUCAUGUAAUCAGGCAUUGUAAAAUUCAAAUCUAUCAGCUGAACUAGUGUUUUAAUCCGA